AUGUUUCUGCAAGGCAAAACAUCGUUAUCAUCAACAUCAUCUAGUAGCAACACCAACGACUACGACAACAACAACAGCAGCAGCAGCAAACCAACAAACAGAAUAUUGUCACCUCCGGGUCCGUUUCUAACGCCCAGUCCAUCACCAUCGAUUUCAGCUAGUCCACGUUUACAACCGUCACCAUCGUUAUCACCAUUUCCUCAAGAUGUACUUCUAGUAACGGGUAAUCCGUUAACAAAUGCCAAUGCACAUGAACAGGAACGUAAAGCUGUUACACCCGGUCGGCGACAAUCCAUACAUCAAUUUACGAAUGGUAGUCCAAAUGCUGGCACCGUGGUCUUCCAACCCAGUCCAUCACAAUCGCCUGCCGCCGCAACCAGUGUCAUUGGCAUAACGGCCAAUGCCGCUGGUGGUCUCAAUUUAGUGGGUAAUUUUCAAAAUGUGGCCACAACAACAGCAACAACGACGGGAAACGAUUUGAAUGCCACGCUGGUCGGUUCCAAUAACAUACAAUUAAAUAAGAAGGGCAACAAACGCCAACAACAACAGCAUCAGCAGCAGCAACAACAACAACAUCACCAAAUAUUCAGUUCCUCCAAUAGCCACUAUACAAACAGUAACGCUACCACCACAACUAACCCACAUCCACCGCAUCCUUCAUCAUCGUCGAUCGCCGCAGCAGCAUCAUCUGUUACAUCGGCUUCAUCGACAACUGCGACUAUAGCUGGCGGCUAUGGGCAAUCACAUGCAACAACGAUCAACAAUACACCGAAUACGUUUGCGCCAACAAAUGUGGCUUGUACGCCAAAAAAUCAAACGAAAAAAGGUGUUAACGCAACAAAUCAACAAUCGAACAACACAACCGCAUCAUCGUCGUCUGCAGUUUUGCCCAUAAGUCAACAACAACACCAGCAAUUUCAACAAUACCAUAGCGGUAGUCCUCUAAUUGCCGAUAGUCCCUCACCGAGUCCAAGCGGUACAACAAUAACCGCUGCCUCUAUUAAACCACCCACACCCCAACCACAGCAACCACCGACAAUGCAAAUGUUACAGCAACAAUUCACAAUAGCCAGCAAUGGCAAUGGUGGUACCGGUCCCCAACAAACAUUUCAACUUAUUCAGGGUCCUCAGGGACAAAUUAUUGCUGCGGCCACAUCAGCGCCCCAACACCAGCAGCAAGCCAGAUUUACGACAACGCCCACGGGGAACUUGACAACGACAACAACGGGAGGUAUAACAUCGGCGACGAUGUUAGGUAAUGCAAAAGGCAACAAAUUGCCACAACAGAUACUGCCAAAACCCCAACAACAACAACAGCAGCAGCAACAAAUUUUAAUUGAUACCCAAAAACAUAAACAGGGAAAUUCUGCCGGACCCAAUCCCACACCUCCACCAUCACAUCAAACCGUUACCUCCAAUGCUACAUCAUCCAGUAAUUUGUCUCAACAGCACCAGCAGCAACAACAAGCAUCAUUAACACAGAUCUCACAAUCAGCUCAACCGGGCCAACAACAAAUAAUCUUACCCUCCGGUGCCACAGCUAGUCUUACAACCACCGCCGGCCAGCAACCGCAACUGCUUUUAAAUCAGGUACCUAUGUUGGUGCAACAAAAUGCACCCCAGGGCGUACAGUUGAUAUUGAGGCCACCAACACCUCAACUGACCGCCACACCGUCAUUGGUCAUACAGAAUGCCAGGCCUCAACCCCAGCUGCAGCAGCAACAGCCCCAGCAGGUGUUACGAAUCUUGGGUCAUAAUGGUGCUACAAUGCAAUUGGCGGCAGCAACACCAACUUUUAUUGUUUCAUCUCAGGCAAAUCUCAUCCAACAGGCCAACCACUUGCAGGCCAUUAAAACUCAGCCUCAGAACUCGGCCAUUACACAAUUGAGCGGUCUGCAUGCAGCCCUUUCAGCAGCGGCUGCGGCUAACCAACAGCCCAGAUCUCAACAAUUCACCACAACGGCGGCCACUAUCAACGGCCAUUUGUUGGGUCCAUCGAUGGCAGCUCAAUUACAAAAUCUUCAAUUGGCGGCUGCAGCAGCGGCCAAUGGUAACAGUUUAACUGCUCAAAUUCAAAUGCCAAAUGGUUUGAGUGCCAGUGGGGCGCCCACAUUACUCUCCCAGUUGCCUGCAAGUACUGGAACGACUCAGUUUCAGCAGAAUUCUGCCCAGGGACUUAUAAAUCUCAAUCAACUUAGCAAUGCCAAUAUACAACAAAUUGCGGCCGCUGCUGCAGCGGCGGCAGCAGCUGGCGCAACAACCUUUCAAGCUCCAGGUGCACCACCCUCCAACAAUACUGGAGGACAACAGGGGACACAAAACGUCACAGGAAAUACAAAUGCAAAUCAAACAACUACCAAUGAUCUCUACACAACUAGCCUAACACAAUCCUCACCGGCCCAUGUGCCAGUUUCAGUGACUCCGGAACCCCUAAGUCGGCAGCCAACACCUGUGUUACAGACUAUGCAGCCAGCUCCAAGUCCACAACAACAUCAACACCAACAGCAGCAUCAACAGACUGUGGGUGGUAAUGGUCAAAUACAUUUGCAAUUUAAUGCAGCUGCCACAAUACAAAUGCAGCAACAACAACAGCAGCAGCAACAGCAACAAAUUCAACAAUUGCAACAACAAAUACAACAGACCCAGAACCAAGUUCAGCAGGCGCAACAGCAAGCUCAGGCUUUACAACAACAACAGCAACAGAUGCAGCAGCAGCAACAACAACCACCACCGCCUGAAACUAAAAAGAAAGCCAAACCGAGAAGACGAAAACCGCCCGCAACAUCAGCUGCAGCUAACGCUAACACAGCAGGCGCAGCCAGUUCGACAGCAUCACCCGCCAAUGUGAAACCGUUAACUACCACCGCUAAUAAGACACUGAAUACCGCCACCUCAACUACAUCGGUACUGGUGCCAGCCAUUAGUACUAGCAACACAACUACAAAAAUUGUUCCUAUGUUAAGUCAGCAAAAUUCGGGUAACUUAACCACCGUUCAAACAACUGCAACAGUUCAACAGCAGCAAAUACAACAAAAUGUGGUUGAUAAUCAACAACAACAACAUCAGCAGCAACAAAGAACUAAAUCUCCUUCACCUCCACCACAAAUAACAAGGGCCAGUAAUGGUAAAUUGGAUUUGGGUAAUGUUAUGAAACUUUGUGGCAUAACCGAGGAUGAUGAUGAGGACUUUAUGGAUACCACACCCAUAGAGGAAACCAACCCCUCAAGCUCAAAUCAAAUGUCAAAUCCCUCAACAGAUUAUACUAUAUCCAUACCACAAGCAAAUGUUAGUGGCGGGGAUGCACCGCCACCAUCAUACACACUAUCUAUACCAGGAGUAACAAAUGACCAAAUGGAUCAUUCGGGCACAGAAACCGCAGCUGCUAAUAUUGUCAUUAAAAUUGAUCCAUCUACCGAAUUGUUGGGAUCUGCUAGCGGAACAACAUCUGGACCACCAGGACACCAUCCUCCAUAUUCUAUAACUAUACCACGUUUGCCGUCUCAGGAGGAGAUACAAAAACAGGCUCAACAACAUUUGCAACAGGCUCAAAAUGAGGCUCAGCAAAUCAAAACAUCGAUGUCCGGGGGACCAACAGCAAAUAUUACAUUUACAUUACCAUUGGCAACGGCAGGGCCCACUAGUAUAGCAUUAGGUUCUUCAGUAGCUUCCUCAUCUACGGUAACAACUUCAGCCACAUCCACAACGAAUACGACCACAACAACUGCCACUGUGAAACCACGUCGCAAACCAGCAGCGAAACGAAAUACCAAAAAGACAGAUAAUACAGCUAGCACAGCCACAACGGUACCGGCAAAUAAUUCCACUGUCACAGUGUCUUCAUCUACGACGACCACUUCCUUUGGAAACACUUUGCCAACUAGCAGUGCAUCAAUAGUAACUUUGCCAAGCAGUCAAAACUCAGUUCAACCUAAUAUUAAUAUUACAACGAGUUCAAUAUCCACACCCCUGCCUACACCCUCACUGGUACCCAGUCAAAUUGGAAAUAUACAAAUAUCACAGAUCGAUAAUCGUCUGGCAGGCCAACAUGGCGCAACAACUAUGGUUUCUACAACUCCAAUGGGUUCUUUGGUCGAAAAUAAAAUACAAAUUAUGCCCAUUUUAGAUAAAUCGGCGGCGACUAGCCAUCAGCCACAACAAACACAAAUUGUUUUCCAGCCUCCCAGUUUGGUUCAAAAUCAUCAGGGUAUAGGCGGCGCAAAUAUUUCCGCUCCUCUUACAACGAAUCUAAAUGAAAACAACCAACAGCCUCGUCAGAUGCACUUGGUCUCAUUGCCGCAAUUGUCAAAUUCGUCGGUGGCAUCGAAUUCUUCUUCACCACCAGUACAACAGCAACAACAACAACCCCAGACGCAAACUGCCCCGCCAACAAAUUCUGUUCUACCAGGUCUUACAGGAAAUGUUUCCAUAUCAGUGGGUACACCAAAUACCAUUACUUCGUUAAUACCUCAGUUAACUGGUAGCCUGACAUUAGCAGUUUCGGAACAAUGUGAACGUUUAAUAUUGCGUCAUGAUCCCAAUAAGCCUCAGGAUCAACAAUCACAAUUGAUAUUGCAGGCUUUGCUUAAGGGAGCAUUGCCAAAUGUGACCAUUAUUAAUGAACCACUGAAACCAGUGGAGCCACAACAACAACAACAACAACAGCAGCAACAUUCACAGGUAGUUACAAAUGUCAUACAACAACAGCAGCAGCAGCAACAACAACAAUCGGCUACUCCUACCACAGUUUCUACUGGUCCACCCAGUGGUAAUGCAAAGGGUUCUAAGAAGAAGCAACAACAACAACAGCAACAACAUGUUGCACCUGAAGCAUCUAAAACAACUGGUAGUGGUGGUGGGGUUACUAAAGCUCAAGAACCCACUACCAAUACAACUACUGCAGUACAACCCCAAUCUAAUAUGAAUGUACAAACAAAUAUCAAUAACAAUCCUGCUCCUGUUCCACAGCAAGACACUAUUUCCCAGCAACGAUAUUUGUCAUUGCCAAAAAUCGACCCUACCACCCAACAGCUAUUCUGUUUGAAUAGUCUGAACAAUCAAAUAACUCCGAUUGGAGCAAAUCAGACUACCACUUCCAUUGGACCCACAGAACGCAUACUUAUUGCCCCGGCUGGCAUAAAUGCACAACAAUUGGCCCAGUGUUUGCAACUGGGACAAAUACAUUUCAAUGAUGCCAAUCCACUACCGCCCUCAUCACAAAUACUACAAAAUAAUCCGCCACCAAGUUUGACAAAUACUUCCACCACUUUACCGGUACAUCCCAUGAAUAAUGCAGGAUCAAUUCUUAACAAUUCCAACACAAUGUCUGGACCUCAACAACCACCAAAGCAACAAAUUGUAUAUCCCAUGACAUCAGGAUCAUCAACCUGUGCAACAGUCCAGUCUUCUUCGUCCACCAUUACCACAACUACGAUUACCACCACCACUACUACCACAAAACAGGUGGCAAAUGUAGCUCCUAUUAUAGAUCAGUCCAAGGCUGCUAAGCAGGAAAAUAAGUUGAAUUCUUCGACAACUACUACCACCACAACAACAAGCUCAACGGGUGCUGUACCCAAAAAGAAACCAGUAAGGAAGCCCAAGGCCUCCACAACAACAGCAGCCGAUGUGGCUUUAAUGAAAAAUGCCUCAGUGGUGAAACCUCUGCCCAAGUUAGAUCCUCUAUCACAAAAACCCCACAACAAUCCAGUGCAAAUUGUUCAACCGAAUACGGCCAGUGGAAAGCCAGUCGUAUCGACGUCUACGACAAGUACCACAACCUCCACAUCAAAUGUGGUAAGCAUACAACCCUUUCAGACACAAACAUCAACGGGUACAAAAUUGGUUGGCAUUACCGCGCCGAUGCAACAGCAACCACAGUUGCAACAACAACAACAGCAGCAGCAAUUACAACAAAACCGAACGCUUACAUCGGGUGUGGUACCCACAUUACCUCAGCCCAGUAUCGCCAAUAACACCACCUCAUCCACGGGCCUACAAAUGUCCCUGCCAACAAUACAACCAAUUGUAUCGACAGGGCAAAAUUUGCAGCAGCAGCAGCCUCAACAUACGGUUUCACGGGUCCAAACCAUACAAUUGACCCAACAACAGGAACAAAUGUUGCGUCAGGUUCAAAUGCAAAUUCAAUAUUUGACAGUUAAAAUGCAGCACAAAAAUUUGAUAUCUUCAAUGCCGUUACCUGCCGAUUUGGAUCCAAGUGUGGUGGCUGCCUUCAAUAAACCCAUGAGUGAUAUAGAAAUCAAUCAGUCUCUGCAAAGGUUAUUUAUGGAACAACAUCGAAUAUUGUCUUCAGGCAAAGAAAUAUCCACAUCAGAUCAAUUUAUCACCAAUUCUAUACCACCGAACUCCUCUUACAACCUUGGAACAUUUAAUCUAAUGUCCAACACAAACCAGUCACAAUCGGCAAGCAAUGAUAAUAAGGGUUUAAGUGGCGGAGGAGGUAUACCAGCAAAUGUGGUACAGCCUAAUAACCAUUCGGCCAAUACAAGUGGGGUGGGUGGAUCAACAACCACCACGCCGGCAUUAAUGUCACCAGCGGGAAAUAUGCAACAACAGCAGCAGCAAUCGACUCAAAAGAUACAUAUUUAUCCCAUACAACAUCAGCAGCAUACAACUGUUACAAGUACCACAACAACAUCGGUGGCGGGAACUGUGUUGACCAGUGGCAACAACAAAUCAAAACAGCAAGUUUGUUCUUCGACCUCCCUUUCAACAGCAGCAGCAACAACAACAACUUCAAAUAUAACUACCUCGAUUGCAACAAAUAUCAUUGGCAGCAAUUCCAACUUAAGUUCCAUUCCAGGGGGUUCUGUGAUCUUACAACAACAACAACAAUCUGCCAAUCUAACAAGCUCUCUAUUAAGUAGCCCUCAAUUGCCGCAAUUAUCAUCCCUUUCAUCCACUUCCAAUUUAUCCAGUUUGCCGUUCGCCUCGCUGCCGCAACCUCACAUGAUUAAUAUCACAAAUAUGCCGGCCGUAUUGCAACAAAAACAUUUCACACAACAUUUACAAAUGCAACAGCAACAAUUGUUGCAGCAGCAAAAAAUACAAAUUGCCAAAGUGAAUACAUCAUCACCUGCCUUUGCUAGUUUUCAUAGUGUCAACACGUCGGGGAGUUUGUCAGCUCACGUGUCGGGUGGAGGACCUCCACCGCUUAUAUUUCCCUGCAGUUCAACCGUGAGCUCAACAAUGACGACAACAAUAACCCCACAACUGACAUCGUUGUCACAGCAACAUCAAUUCUCUACUGCCUCAUCUUUGGCCUCGAACGCAUUUACCAUAAACAGCCUAAGUGGUAUUGGAACGGGAUUAACAAAUCAAAAAUCCUUCAUACUAUCAACAUCAAUGGGAGGUGCACCAUCCCUGGUGCCAACUGCAACAUUAUCCUCUCCCAUUGUUUCAGCUACAACUUCAACAACAAAUGUUGUUGCUGCCGCUCCCACCUUUGUCAUUAACAAUCAACAACCCACCAUCACCUCCAGUUCUGCGAACAGCUGUAGUACUGCAAAUGUUCUGACUACAGUCGGUAGUAGUAUGCCAACAUCUUUGACCAUCUCAAUGUCUAUGCCAUCGAUGUCAACAACGACGCCGACAUUGUCAUUACCUCAACUGGUAAUGGCCACAACUGCUGUAACAGUACCGCCACUAAUAACAACAGCUACUGCAACAACAUCGUUAGUAUCUUCAACCACUUCCGCUAUGCAUCCUAUUGCUGCCGCUGGUAUUCAGCAACAACAACACCAACAACUGUCUGCCUCUGGAUCUUUCACAACUACGGCAACAGCGCCCAUUUGCUCAACACUGGCGAAUAGCAAUAACAUAAUGAUUGCCCAUCCGCCAACAACAAAUCCAAUCAUUAACGCUGGUCUAAAUAUUGUUGGUAAUCCCAUUAGUCAAAUUGCAUCGUUUAUUAAGACCGAGGAUAAGGUCCCAUCAAAAGCAAAACUUGCUCGUCUCUCCUUAUUCCUACAACAAUUGGAAGCCGAUCAGCAAAAUUGUGUAAAACCUGAUUACAAAAAUCCAUUCCAAAACAAAGAGGAAGCUGUUAAACGUUUGAUAAGAUAUCAUUGUAUGUACCAGAACGACGAGGAUAUACCCAGUGAAGAAGAGGAGGAAUUUGAGAAGACCGCCAUACGCUUUCAGGAUAAAUUUCGUAAAUUAUCUGGCAAAUUCCAACAAAUUCUCUUGCAAGAGUCAAUGUUACAACAUCGUACCUCCGAAAUAUGUCAAAUGGAAAAGUUAUUGAUUGAUGAUUUGCGCCAAGAAAUUGCCGAUUCAAAGAAAUUGGAACAGGAUUUGUUCAAAUAUGAACAAGAAUGCCAAAAUCAACAACAACAACAGCCGCGACAACAAUCACAACCACAACAAUUCGAUGUUAAAGAAUCCCUCUUCGAUCAAUUGAAAAAUGAAAUUAAAACCGAAACUCAAGACUCGAAACCAAAUUUAAUGGAUAUGCAAUCGAAUAAUGAUAGUAAUUCAAAUUUCUGUACAAAUACCCAAAAUGCUACAUCAUCAUUUGAUUCCAUUAAGAAUGAAAUAAAAACAGAAUCUAUGGAAAAUUCCUCAAUGGCUGGUGGUAAGAGUUCAAAUAGUUCUAUUGAUUCAUUUGAUUUGUUGAAACAAAGUCCCGUAAAUAACAAUAUGAGUGGUGCUGGUAAUAUGCAAACGAAAACCAACGAUGCGAAAGAGCCAAAGAAGGAAGAAUGUUCCAACCAGUGGAGUGGUGAAACACAAACCUAUUUAGAUUCCAAGAAUCAGAAUACCUUCUACAGUCAACAACAGCAGCAAUCGCAACACCAACAACAAAUGCAGCAUACACAACAAAAAGUAUCAAACAGUGUAUUUAAUGGUGGUUUGAAAAAAUCUACGGCAGCGACAUCAUCUUCUAUGGUUCAAAACAGCGAAGAGAAAGCGAAGGAUAGUUUUGAAAAUUUCGAUAUCGAAUCGGAGAUAACACCAACAUUUAUAAUGAAAAAAGUCGAACACAAGGAACUGCCGCCGCAACCACACAUCAAUAUUACUUCAGCGGGUGUAACUGGUUCCAGUAACACUACUAUUUCCGCAAUUACCUCUUCCUCAAAUACUACCACUACACCGGCUGUAAACUCUUUAGCGUCGAACAAGAAUAAAUCAAAAAUUCAGAAAUUUAAUCAUGUUGUGGAAACUACACCCCAGCCAACAGAUUCCAUGCAACCGACGCAAUCAAGCGGACAUCAACAUCAGCAGCUCCAGCAGCCGCAACAACACCCUAUUCAGAAUUCAUCAUCUAACCUCAAUGCCGACAGCAUACUCUCCAAUAAUUUUGAUUUCUCCCAUCUGCAAACCAAUCAUGCUGUAAAUAAACAACAAGAAGACGAUUGGUUGUGUAUUCAAAAGGAAUUGAAUUUAAUUAAUACCGCCUCCAGCACCAACACCACCACCACCACUAAUGACAAUAUCAAUCAUGAUCAAAAACAUGAUAACGAUAAUAAUCAAAAUAAAUCAUUGGAUUUUCUUGCUCAGGAAUCAUCACAAGGUAUCUUUCAACAACAACAGCAACCGCAUCAAACACAAGUUACCACCAAUACUACAACAAAUUGCAAUGUUCCUUCUGUAUUAGCCAAUGCUAACAAUACAACCACCACGCCCACAACUAGUAGUUGCAGUCAACAAAAUCAACAACCUGCCGAACUCUCACUUAAUAAUCAUGGCGAAGAAAGUCAUCAAGCCGAUUUGAAUGAAUUCUUUAGUGGCUCAGAAGACAGUGAGGUGCAUAAGGCUGUUGAAACUCGUUUGGAGUCUAUGUUUGGUGAAUCACCAGUUCAUUUGUCUGGUUCCAAAGAUCAUACAGACUCACCGUAUAAUUUGGAAAUUAUGGGUUAUGGCGAAUCUGCAAAAUCCUCAACGGCCAAAUUGUUUGGAGAUUCUCCGGUGCAUUUGGGGGGAACUGGUGCGCAAAAGGAUCGCAUUGAUUCACCCUAUAAUAUGUCUAUGUUGUUUGGUGAAGCUGUUAAAUCCCCAGCCAGCGGCGCUGCCGUUAACAAGACAACUGGUAAAUCAACUUGGGAAUCUGAUUUUACAGAUAAUUCAUUUCUCUCUACGGGACAAGCUGUUGCUUCGAGUUUUGCCAAUAAUACACCAAAUAACAUGACACAUCACAUUCAGUUAGGUUCUGCCAAUAAUCCACGAUGGAUGCAAAAUAUGGAGGCACAAUUUCCAGUUUUCUCGAACACCAACAACACCAAUUCGUCGAUGGGUGAUUGUUUGGGUAAUAGGAAACGUCAGUGGAAUGGCCAUAUGGUUGAUGAAACCAAUACACCACACCAGCAACAACAGCAGCAGCAACAUUGUGAAAGUAGUCCACAAAAGAAGAUAUGCGGUAAUAUCAACGAUUCACCUACCUCAGCCCAUUCACCAUUAAAUUCACAUCAGCAGCAACAAAAGCAAGAUUCGUCCCAGCAGCAACAUCAUCAUAAUUUAGUACCCAAUGAUACCGCACAUGCUCAAGAUCUUAUGGAUGCUGCAUUAUUAUCGCUACACGAUGGUUUGGGUGUGGAUAAUGCAACUCCUGCCAACCAAACCAAUGGCUAUAAUCACCAUAUGAUAAUGACCCCAACUGGAUUUGAUAAUUUCAAUCACAUGGAUGGCCAGCAGCAGCAACAAAAUCUACAUCAAAAUCAUUUUAUGAAUGUCAAUCAAACACAACAGCAGCAACAACAAAUGAUGAUGAAUCAUCACAGCAACACUGGUGGUGGUCACCAGCAUAACCAACAUCAUCAACAACAAAACACUGCGGCGACUUCUGGAGGAGGAGGAGAAUAUGAUGAUGAUAUCACCAGACAUGUUCAAAAUGCCAUAGAAAGCAUAUUAAAUUUACAAUCAUCUGAAGCUGAUUCCUUAUCAUUUUCCCUAGAUCAUUCAAUGGGCGUUCUAUUGGGUAAUUCAAUGAUGCAAGAUCAACCAGCGACAAAUAAUGCGGGACAUGAUGCUAAUAAACGUCAACAGUUGGUUGAUGAGCUGGGUGAUUGUAUAAUGGGCGGUGGUAGUGGAGCCGGAGGUAGUAAUUCUUCCACCGAUGCAGUCAAUCUGACCGACAACCACUUAAUAAUGAAUCAUAAUCCGCAUUCACAUCACACACAAUUGAUGCAACAGCAGCAACAUCCUUUGAGUGGAGCCGGUAAUCACCAACAACAUUCACAACAUCAUCAACAUUUGGUUUCAGCCACAACAGCUGGCAAUCCGAAUCAGCAACAGACGCAAUUAAAUGAUUUUAAUUGUGUGAUCGGUGGUAAUAGUAAUAUAAGUUCGUGA